AAUGGCAACCCUGGUGAUAGUGUGUGUGUGACUUGACUGAUGUGUAGACAGAGUUCAUAUAAAAUUGUUUCGCGUAUUUUCGUUUAAUCCUGAGGUUAAAGUUAUUCAUUAAAAAUACAUGCAUUAUGAUUACGUUACUUCCCUGACCUCAAGUGCUGUAGUCAAGUGAUAUACUUUGUGAGUUAUUUUGGUAUCCAGUGACAUUUCAGUGAAGUGCCUAAUUUGAACAUGGAGGCUAUAGCAAAACACGAUUUCACUGCAACUGCUGAUGAUGAGCUGAGUUUUAAGAAAAAUCAAGUACUCAAAAUACUAAACAUGGAGGACGAUAUGAAUUGGUACAGGGCUGAGUUAGACGGCAAAGAAGGACUUAUUCCUAGUAACUACAUACAAAUGAAAAGCCAUAGUUGGUAUUAUGGUAGAAUUACAAGAGCAGAUGCAGAAAAACUCUUAGCAAAUAAACCAGAAGGAGGAUUUCUCAUUAGGAUCAGUGAAUCAAGCCCUGGUGACUUCUCUUUAUCUGUAAAAUGUCCAGACGGUGUUCAGCAUUUCAAGGUACUGCGCGACGCGUCAAGCAAAUUCUUCCUAUGGGUGGUGAAGUUCAACUCUUUGAAUGAGCUGGUCGAUUACCACCGUACCGCAUCAGUCAGUCGCCUGCAAGACGUCAAACUACGAGAUGUUGUACCCGAAGAGAUGCUGGUGCAGGCGCUUUACGACUUCACGCCGCAGGAGGCGGGCGAGCUGGAGUUCAGACGCGGUGACGUCAUCACAGUCACCGACCGCUCCGACCAGCACUGGUGGCAGGGCGAGAUAGCACACCGGCGCGGACUGUUCCCGGCGUCGUAUGUAACAGCGUACCACUCAUAGUGUCAGUGCGACCUCACCUCUUGCCUCUCUACCGCCGCUGACUUGUGUUAUGUGCCCCCCGCGCCCCCCGCACCCCCAGCACCGCCGCGCUCGCCCCCCAGACCCCCAACACUUACAGAACAUGGCAGUGUUCUCUGACAUCUCCUCUACACGAACCCUUACCACACCUCCGCCGCGAAAUGCAAGUACCAGCACCACCGGAUUUAUUCUGCUGGAUCAAAUGUACAUUGACUAGUGGAAAUGGACAUCACAAGAAUUUUUUUCUGUAAAAUUGAUGUCCAUUUAAAAAAAAAUGUGGCUUUUAUUUUGUCGUUUGCAACAUCCAUAUUCAAAACAAAUGCUCAAACAAAACUAUGGCUGACCUGGGAGCAGAUCCGACGGUACGCGAAGAAAGAGAUAGAAUUAUACUGAAAUCUAUGCGUUAGAACAGGCAGUUGCAUUCGACAAUAUCGAAAUUACGGCGGAUCGGUAAAGAUUCCGCAGCGGAGGUGUGUGGGGCUUAUAUUUCAGUAAAGUGGGUUAUGCCAUGCUAUAUUUACAUAUCAUUUCAGACGAGCGCCAUUGUAUACUAUGCAAUAAUUAUCCUUUCGUACAAGUGGUCGAAUUUUUAUAUAUACAUUUUUAGCGCUUAAGAUUUUAGUUGGAGAAGAACGGACGUCGGUGUAUCAGGACGCAAUGGAGGUAUGACCGGAGUAUGAUUUUAUAUGUAAUGUUUUUGACGUGUUUUUAUGGUGCUUCAUGUCCUACAGCUGAUAACAAGAUGAUUAAUUUUGAGCAGAAGCUUGAAAUUCGCGUCACACGCCACAAUGGCCCGUAUGACGUGCGUGAUAUGAGUGAUUUUAGCAACGAUACAACUAUAUGGUAGUACAAAAUUUACAUACGUGCCGUGUCUAUCAUUUAUACGUGGCUAUGUGACGAAUUUAUAUUAUUUUCAAAAGAUUUUAAUACAUAGAUAGGUUUUUAUACUAUAAUUUGUGUUUUAUAUCUAUAAUUUACAUUUUUGUGAGGGCAAUUUUUUCCCUUUUCAGUUAAAAAUUAAAUAUAUCAUCGUACUUGAGGCCUAUCUA